AUCUUGAACUGCAAUCCAAAUCGGUUUUAAUAAUUUUCGCCAUAUUAAAACACAUUAUCACUAUCUGUCGUUGUUACCUGUAUCAAACCAUACCCCAGUUUCAACACUCUUACGCAAAGCCCCAAAUAAUACGAGCCACACCCGCUCUUAUCUUAGAAUAACAUCAUGGAGUCCUUAAAGAACGCGACAGGUAUGGCUGCUCCUGAGCACACGGAGGAACAGAAGAAACAGUUCUACGAGAGUCUUUCCGAAGAUCAAAGAAAAAAGCAAACAUAUACGGAAUGGGUAAAGGAGGCAUACAACGAUCAAUAUGAGAAGUGGAUGCCAUGGAUUGAAGACCAGUAUUUGAAAUGGUUCGGAAAAGGAGACAACAAAGCAUCAUAUGCGACAAAAGAUGCCCUCAGCAAGACAAAAGUCACCGGCGUAUCACAAAUCGACCAAAUACAAGACGAUGUCCAUAAUCUUGUCGGUAAUCAACUUGGGGAGAAUGGUCUGCUAGCGCCAAUUGGAAACUUGGCUGGGAAAGAGGGCAUAAACAGGAUGGAGCGAAAUGGAAAAGAUGAAGAUGGUUGCUACGGUGGUCCCACGUCAGCCAUCAGCGAUCCAAUCAUCAAUAAUGCAAAGGGUGCCGGACAGGGAGUUUUGGGUGGCGCACAGAGUGCUGGUUCUGGCUUGGUAAGCGGUGCUAAGAGCGCAGGUGGAUAUGUUGGAGGAAUGUUUGGGGGUGGCCAAAAGGAAGAGCCAAAGCCAUAAUAAGGGGAAAGCUGAAUCCCACUCCGUUCGGGUGUCAGUCCUUUGUUUUGUUGGAGUGUGAGAGAGUUUGAUAAAAGUACAAGCCUGCGGAAUUUGCUUGAAGGCAUAGCAGCCUGUUGGAGAAUAAUGGAUUUAUUGACAUGAUACCAAAUUUGAAUUUAUUAAUUUUUUCAUAGCGAACCAUAACC